AUGAAAGACAAAUCGCAGCCAGAAGGAGUAAUGGCUGAGGUUGUUAAAGGCUAUGUAAUAGUUCUGGAGUCACUUGUGAAGAAGCAGAAAAGGGCUGAGGACUGGGCUAUUGUCAGAGAGUAUGCAAAGGAAUAUGAGCAACAGGAGAAGGAGUUGAUCCAAUUGAAGCGCGAAGCUAGAUUGAAAGGUGGCUUUUAUGUGAACCCAAAAGCCAAACUUCUAUUCGUAAUUAGGAUCCGUGGGAAGAAAAAAUCCAUACUAAAGUAUUUUGUUAUAUUAAAUGUGUUUCUGUUUUGCCUUGUAAAGAUCUUCAAUGGCGUCUUCUUGAAAGUAAACAAGGCCACUGUGAACAUGCUGCACAGGGUUGAGCCUUACGUCAAUUACGGAUACCCCAACCUUAAGAGCGUCGAGGAGUUGAUUUACAAGCGUGGAUAUGGAAAAUUGAACAAGCAGAAAAUUGCUUUUACUGAUAAUUCCAUCAUCGAGCAGACGCUGGGCAAGUAUAGAAUAAUCUGCAUGGAGGAUUUGAUUCACGAGAUCAUGACUGUGGGGUUGUGUAUACCCAGCAAGAUCGGGAUCGAUCUAUGGUCAUGGCGAUAUGAGCUCAAGCCGCCGCACCGGAGAACACUCGAGGGGGCAAGGAUCUGA